GCACUAUUGCCAGCGAGUUGGUUGUUGUUAAAAUAAUCGUUUUGGUUUCUGCAGAAGGGUUGUUGGUAGUGUUUCAGUUGUUAAAUUCCACGACGAGAUCUUGCAAGAUCCAGUACAUCAUAAGCCUUCUCAGGCGAGUUAAAUUAAUUGUCGCUUCCAACGAAACAAUGGCAAUGGAAAGUGAAAACGACUUUGACGUGCCGACGGCUGCUGCCAAAAUAGAAAAGUCGAAAAAGGAAUUUGUCUGGACUCAGCAGGCCACUUGGCUGCUGGUGCGAACACGGCUGUCCAUGGAUGGCGAGUUUAGCCGGCCGGUUUGUAAAAUGAAGAAAUUGUGGGCGACUGUGGCCGAAAGGGUGACCGCUAAGCUGAGAGAGUCGGGGGAGGACGUCACCGUGAAGUCCUACGAAUGCGACAGCAAGUGGAGGAAUAUGUUGUCGACUUACAGGAAGAAUGCAGAACGGGCCAAGAGGCGAGGGGCUCAGAUUGUUCACUGGGAGUUUUUUCAGGCCAUGCAUGAUGUCCUGGGGAAAACCAGUAAUGAGCUGGAUGGACAGAGAGAUGACAAACUGACUGGAAAGUUAGCCACGGUUAUGGCCAAUAAAAAAUUCACUCCUAUUCUUCCCACUCCUCCUUUACCUCCUGCCCCGCUGUCCACAAAGCCUACUCAGGAUGUUCUACAGUUAUACUUAGAAUUGCAAGAGAGGAAGAUGGAUCUCUGGAUACAACAGAAGGCUCUGGAAGAGAGAAAGAUAGAAGCUAUUAAUAAUCUGGCCAAAGCCAUUUCUAGCUUGGCUGAAGAUCGCAACUCUCAAUAUGUUACAGAAAGCAGUGGCUAAGUAGGUAUUAAAGAGCUGGAUUGAGUUUCUCAAAUAACCAAAAAAACUGUUUUGAACAUUGAGGUGUUACCAGAUAAUUUCUAUAUAUAAUCCAUAUAGAUUAAGGUUAUAGAUAAGGCUACUCCUGCUUACUAAGGCUAAAAGCCUCAUGAAACCACAUAUACAUACAUGUGUAUGUAUGUAUAUAAUAUAAUUAUAUAGGUGGUCUUUUAUGUACCAGUCUUAAUAAAUCAUUGUAAGCAAUGCAACGGGAAAUAGAAUUUCCUAGGAAGACUGUGUACUUUAUUUUGAUGGAUUUAAAAAACGUCAUUUUUUACUUGGAGAAAUUUACUCAUUGUCAUUUAACUGAUUUAAAGAUGAGGGAAGGGUUACCAUUUAUGUGUGCUCCCUGGGAUUUGAACCCACAACCAUUACAUUGUUAGCUCGAUGCUCUACUUUGAGUUGCAGGAGGUAUAAUAAAGUACAAAAUACAAUACAAAUUGAAUACAGAUCAACUAUAUUUCUUCCCAUUCACUUUUAUGAAAUAUGAUUAGCAAUGGUAUUGUUUUUUCUGAAAUGGAGUUGCCAUAAUAAGUGUGUGGCUGAAAAGUGCUAAAUAUUGCAUGUUUCUUUGGUUCAUAACCAGAGUGUGAAAUUAGGACCAUGCAGAGAUUCGGGGGAAAAGAUGUUUACAUUUCAAGUCCCAAAACAGUACAUUUUACCCUUUAAUAAACUUUUUUUAAUGAA